GUAACACGGAAGCAUGCACGUGUGAGCGGCCGGCGAGCGUCAUGGCGGCCGCCAGUCUCCUCGGGGCAACCCGGGUGUGGGCCCGCUGGCAUCCCCGGGCGCUCCCGGUCCCCGGGAGACCUGGAGAAUUAUUUAUCCGGGAAUAUGCCAAGAAGGCAGUCAGCAAGGGUGGCAAGGGUGGCGUGGCCGCUGAGGCCCUGAAGGACCCCGAGGUGUGCACAGACCCCUCUCAGCUCACCACACACGCCAUGGGGGUCAACAUCUACAAGGAAGGCCAGGAGGUGGCCCUGAAGCCAGACUCUGAGUACCCGACAUGGCUGUUCCAGGUGGACCUGGGUCCCCCCAAAAAGCUAGAGGACCUAGAACCGGAGUCCCGAGAGUACUGGCGACUGCUUCGCAAACAGAACAUCUGGCGUCACAACAGGCUGAGCAAGAACAAGAAGCUGUAAUGUGAGUGUGGGCACUUCCUCCCAGGAGCCAGCCUGGUGCCAGCCAGAACGGGGAGAACCGAGUCCUUCAUUCGCUCACCGUGAUGUGCAGGCCUUACACACACUAAAUAAACAAAGAUGAAAAUGAAGGGCAAAAUAAAGGGACCUGCGGCAGUCACGCCC